AUGGCUACUGUUAACGACAAGGAGUUGGAGGAUCUGCUCUGGAAAUGUUCUGCUUGGAUACCUAAAGCGAUGGAACAAGUCGGGUGCACUGCUCCAGCGGAAAAAAUGAAACAGCUGAAGGCUGAGCUGAGCUCCAUCAAGAGCCAGUUAAUCGAGAAUCAGACAUGGGUAAUCAGCUUACAGGAGCAGAUUAUCGACAACAAGGACAAGCAGCUCGACGCAGUAAAGACUGUGGUCAAGUCUUCAGUGGAGAGCAACUUGAAAGAACAGUUCAAGUCAUACAGUGAAGCUGCUGCAGAGAAAGUUACGGUCUGCCAGACUGAUAGUUUGGCAGAUCCGGCUACUCUGAAGAAAUUGGUCAAGUCCGUCGUCCAGGAGGAGGAUCGGAGCAGAAACGUUGUAUUAUUUGGACUGCCAGAACAGAAGGACGAGAAUGUUGAAGAGCGUACAAGUACAAGUACAAGUACAAGUACAAGUACAAGUACAAGUACAAGUACAAGUACAAGUACAAGUACAAGUACAAGUACAAGUACAAGCACAAGCACAAGUACAAGUACAAGUACAAGUACAAGUACAAGUACAAGUACAAGUACAAGUACAAGUACAAGUACAAAACACUAA